ACAAGUUCAAGUAUAGGAGCGAGGAAGCCAAGUCAGAAAAAUGCGUUUAGAUAGAAAGCAGAAUCUGUAAUCACCUGAGCCAAAUCAAUUAAUGAAAACGUUAUCAUAAAUAUCACUGUAUUUAAAUAGCUUUGACAGCAGGUAGCAGUGCAUGCAUCUGGUUUAAUUCACUAAUCUAACGAAAAGAGGCGUGAAAAUAAUGAAGAAGGUAACGCUUCUUUUGAUUGUGCUGCUCGGAGUGACACACUUCAUAUUGCCCAGCCGAUGCGAAGAGGAUUCCAAGGGUGAUUCCACAGAAGAUCUUGGUGAAGAAGAUGAAGACGACGAUGAUGAUGAUGAUGAUGAUGCAGAUGACACUGAAGUAAAAGAGGAGAAUGGGGUGCUCAUACUGACCGAUACAAAUUUUGACACCUUCAUGCAGGACAAAGACACUGUGCUGGUGGAGUUCUAUGCACCAUGGUGCGGGCACUGCAAGCAGUUUGCUCCUGAGUAUGAGAAAAUCGCUCAGACGCUCAAAGAGAAUGACCCACCAAUUCCAGUGGCAAAGGUUGAUGCCACGAAGGCUACUGCUGUUGGCAGUAGAUUUGAAGUGUCUGGAUAUCCCACCAUCAAAAUUUUCAAAAAAGGAGAGCCAGUGGACUAUGAUGGGGACCGAAGUGAGCGUGCCAUUGUGGAACGAGUUAAAGAAGUUGCCCAACCAGACUGGAAACCUCCCCCAGAGGCUACCCUAGUCCUGACUAAGGAUAACUUUGAUGACGUGGUGAACAAUGCAGACAUCAUCUUGGUUGAGUUCUACGCACCCUGGUGUGGCCACUGUAAAAAACUUGCACCCGAGUAUGAGAAGGCUGCUAAGGAGCUCAGCAAUCACACCCCUCCUAUUCCACUGGCUAAAGUUGAUGCCACUGCAGAGGCUGAAUUAGCUUCUAGGUUUGAUGUUACUGGCUAUCCAACACUUAAAAUCUUCAGAAAGGGCAAGGCAUUUGACUACAAUGGACCCCGGGAGAAGUUUGGUAUUGUUGAUUACAUGACAGACCAGGCAGGUUCUCCAUCAAAGCAAGUGCAGACACUGAAACAAGUUCAGGAGCUCCUAAGAGAUGGAGAUGAUGCUGUGAUUGUUGGAGUUUUCUCCAGUGAAGAAGAUUCUGCAUAUGAGCUUUAUCAAGAAGCAUGUAACUCCCUGCGAGAAGACUACAAAUUUAUGCAUACGUUCAAUAAUGAAGUUGCAAAGUUCCUCAAGGCUUCCCCUGGACAAAUUGUCAUGUUCCAGCCUGAGAAGUUUAGGUCUAAAUAUGAACCAGCAUCUCAUUCACUAACGAUAAAGGAUUCCACACUUGCUUCAGAAGUGCAAGAUUUCUUGAAGAAAUACAUUCUUCCUUUGGUUGGACACAGAAAACAGAGCAAUGAUGCAAAGAGAUACACCAAACGACCUCUUGUGGUUGUGUAUUAUGGAGUAGACUUCAGUUUUGACUACAGAGUUGCCACACAGUUUUGGAGGAGCAAAGUGCUUGAAGUAGCAAAGGACUUCCCCGAGUACACCUUUGCCAUUGCGGAUGAGGAAGACUAUGCUGAUGAACUCAAGAGCCUUGGACUGAGCGAAAGUGGCGAGGAGGUGAAUGUGGGCAUCCUUGGUGAGGGAGGAAAGAAAUAUGCCAUGGAGCCUGAGGAGUUUGACUCUGAUGUGCUCCGGAGCUUUAUCGUGGCCUUCAAAAAAGGCAAGCUGAAACCUGUUAUAAAGUCUCAGCCUAUUCCCAAGAGCAACAAAGGACCAGUGAAGGUUGUGGUGGGCAAAACUUUUGAUGACAUUGUCAUGGAUCCAAAGAAAGAUGUACUUAUUGAGUUCUAUGCACCAUGGUGUGGCCACUGCAAAAAGCUGGAGCCCGAUUACACUGCCCUCGGAAAGAAAUACAAGAAUGAGAAGAAUAUUGUCAUUGCCAAAAUGGAUGCCACUGCUAAUGAUGUGCCUCAUGAUGGCUACAAAGCAGAGGGUUUCCCCACAAUCUACUUUGCUCCCAGCAACAACAAGCAGAGUCCAGUCAAAUUUGUUGGUGGUAAAAGAGAUGUCGAGGAACUGAGCAAAUUUGUGGAACAACACGCCACAAAAUUAUCACACAAAAAAGAUGAGCUCUAAGAGAUUAAGAGAAACAAUGAACUAUAUACAAAUGCAGUUCCCUAAGAAUGGAAGGUUGCUGGAGGGGUCGGUGACCUUUUAGAAGGAAAAGGAUAGUUUUUGAUUAUUUUUUUUUGUGCUAUCUUUUGUUUCUGGGAUCAAAACAUUCAAUAUUUUCAUUCCAAAUCAAGCACUGUUUGAGGUUUCUUCCCCAAUUCUUUUAAAUAAAAUAAUGUAAAAAUGUUAA